CCGUAGAAAGUUUAGUGACUUUAAAGAAGGGCUUUGGGAGAAAAUGUGGAGCGCAUGCGCCAUCUAGAAGUUUUCCCCCGCGCAUCAGUGCUAGGGUUUGCUAGUUAGAGAGAGGAGGCGACGAGGCAGGUGACAGAAGAAGGAGUUGCUCUUCAACACACACACACACUAUCGGGCGGGUGUUAUCUCCACGAGCGUACCUUCUCCAAGCGAGUUCUCCAUCUCUCACACAGUACUGCUGUUUGGAGUUUUCUUCCAGUGACGAGCUUGGAGUGGAUUUGCGGCAAUUCGUGUCUUCCACCACUCAAAGUUGGAUGUGUUGAACGCACUUUUUGCUGGUAAAGUUUUUGUUCCAGAGUAAAUCAACGGAGGAGUUCAGGAGAAAGCGGCGUAGUUCUGUGCAGAAUGGAGGAUGAAAUAACGGCCUCAGGUUUGUGGCGAGGAACCCUGCAGUGUGGAUGUUACCACAGGUAGAACACGCUCUGAGUUCAAGGUGUCACCGCUGUAGGAUCAUCUCUUCUCACCUAUCACCAGUUCAUGUGUUUACCUGCGCUUUACACAUUAGUGCCAGCCCGUCGGAACCUCUACAAAGCCUUCGGAACCUCUACAAAUCUGCAAGGAAACUUGGAAGGAUAAAGCUACCGCUAUCAAUCCUCCCAACCAUCAAAAGAGCUUUGGCAACAGUUUAUUACAGCUGACGUUUCUGGCCACGGGCACUUGCUAGUUAGUUUCUGGCCACGGGCACUUGCUAGUUAGUUUCUGGCCACGGGCACUUGCUAGUUAGUUUCUGGCCACGGGCACUUGCUAGUUAGUUUCUUGUGAAUGUUUUAUUUGUCAUUAAUUGUUUCCGCGGAUUCACGCCCACGUUUGUUAAAGGCUCUAAAUAUUCAUAGUGCUGCUGGACAUUGUAAAUAACCCCCGUCGUCUCUGCAAGAGCUCUCCUCUCCGCUGUCCCGCGCUCACGGAGCGCAUUCGUCGAUAACGGAUCGCCUAUGCCAGUCUUCCGAAACUGAGCCGCAGGACUACCACGGUUACUGCCACCCUCCUCCGUUACACACCGGACACUAUCCCGUACAACCCAGAUUUAGCACUAACUGCUUUGGAUAGAAACCGACCUGAGCCAACGGUAUAAGUAAAAGGAGUCUCUCGAGCCCACUACGGCCUUGGCACUGGGAUUAUUCCUUUAAUAAUCAUCUCACCAAAGUGGAUUAUCGUUCGUAAAGAAUUGUUUUCCGUGAGCUGAUUCAGUAACUGGUCCAGCAUGUUGUUCCUGCGGAGGCUGGUGCGUGUAUGCUGUCCCUCGGCACCGGCGGGGAGUGUGUUGGACUCCAGACCGUGUGUGUUCGCCCUCACACUGCUCACACUGCUCCUGCAGGUGGUGGUGGAGGCCAACUCAUGGUGGUCUCUAGCCAUGAACCCUCUGCUGAUCCCUGAGGCCUACAUCAUCGGUGCCCAGCCUCUGUGCAGCCAGCUGGUGGGUCUAUCCCAGGGCCAGAAGAAGCUGUGCCAGCUCUACCAGGACCACAUGCAGUACAUUGGCGAGGGCGCCAAGACGGGCAUCAGGGAGUGUCAGUACCAGUUCAGACACCGCCGGUGGAACUGCAGCACCGUGGACAACUCCUCCGUGUUCGGACGGGUCAUGCAGAUAGGAAGCAGAGAAACAGCGUUUACGUAUGCCAUCAGCGCGGCGGGGGUGGUCAAUGCUGUGAGCAGGGCUUGCAGAGAGGGGGAGCUGUCGAGCUGCGGCUGCAGUCGUGCUGCACGUCCCAAAGACCUGCCUCGUGAUUGGCUGUGGGGCGGCUGCGGGGACAACCUGAACUAUGGCUACAGAUUCUCUAAAGAGUUUGUUGACGCGCGGGAGAGGGAGAAGAGCUAUGCCAAGGGAUCCUUUGAGAGUGCCCGGCUCAUGAUGAACCUACACAAUAACGAGGCUGGACGGAGGACUGUGUCGGACCUGGCCCAUGUCUCCUGUAAGUGCCAUGGUGUGUCGGGCUCCUGCAGUCUGAAAACGUGCUGGCUGCAGCUGGCAGACUUCCGCAAGGUGGGCGAGACCCUGAAGGAGAAGUAUGACAGCGCAGCCUCCAUGAAGCUCAACUUGCGUGGCAAGCUGGUGCAGCGGGACAGCAAGUUCAACCCCCCCACCAGCCACGACCUGGUCUACAUCGAGUCCAGCCCAGACUACUGUCUGUCCAAUCAGAGCACAGGCUCCCUGGGUACUGUAGGCAGGCUGUGCAAUAAGACCUCGGAGGGCAUGGAUGGCUGUGAGCUGAUGUGCUGUGGCCGGGGCUAUGACCAGUACAAGGCCCAGAUUGUGGAGCGAUGCCACUGCAAGUUCCACUGGUGCUGCUAUGUCAAGUGCAAGCGCUGCACCAAAACCGUGGACCAGUUCGUCUGCAAGUGAGGAGGAGGAGGUGGAUGGGAAGAGUGUGUGUUCGUGCAAGUGUGCAUGCGUGUGUGUAUCCAGAGAGGCGGAACGAAGGAGGCGAAGAGAGGAAGAAAGAAAAAUAAAAAACUAUAUAAAUUAUAUUUAUAGAGUUAAACAAUUAUACCGUUGCAGAAGACUGAUCUUUUCCAUGUAAUAGUUCCAAAACAUGUUAUGUUCUGAAACCGAAUAUACAGUGAAAUAUUUAUUUUCUGAGAUUAUUUUUGCCCGAUCAUCCAAAGCUAAUUUUUAAUUAAUCCCCAGGCCUUGAGAUCAGCAGUCAUAAUUUCUUUAAACUUUCAAUAUGACCUAUAACAAGGUUCCCCAAUAGGUGGUUCCCCAAUAGGUGGUUCCCCACAGGUGAUUUUAUUUGCCCCCCUUUCUGAGCAAAACAAAAGACAAAUUAUAAUUUUCAUUGUUGAAUUUAAGACUGUAAAAUCACUGGGAAAUCAGCGCAAAGUUAUUUUUAAUUUAGGAAAUCUAUUCCCAAGUAUUCCGACGCAUAAAUAGAGAGAAAUGUGAUUAUAUUCCAAUGUAAUCAGGGUACUGCCAAGUACUGUAUCUUUUUUGGAUUCUUGCGGUCAAUUUGCAGUGUACAAAUGAUUUAUAACUAUGUCUGCCCCCUCGACCAUCCGCUCAAGGACAAAUCGUCCACGGCUGAAUGUAAUUGGGGACCACAGUCCUAUAGCUUAUAUUUGACUAGUCCAUUGGGUCACCAUGACUGUGAAACGGGAGCUUCUCUCAUGUUUCAUAACACUAGAUGAGUUAAAUGUUGUGGUUGAUGGAGAACGCUGAAUGCCCACAGUCUUAGCUGUUGAAUCUAGGGCUGCCGGUAAGAGGGGAAUGUUUACUUCCAUAUUUAUGUCACUAUAGGGUGGUUAGACCUAAAUCAAACCUCCAUUGAACAUGGUUAAAUCUGUCUCUAUAGGUAGUCAUUGGCCCCAUCCUAAACCCGAACCCUAGUCCCUUAUGUUGCCUCUGUCUAAACCAAACAAGGGCCUAGGAAAGUGGGAGUGAUUUGGGUUGGGGUUAGUUCCAUCCUGUAAUGUAUCCCACAAAGCCUAGAUCUUCCCUUCCCAGGUGCCCCAGCUAGUCCUCCCAAACACAUUCAGCAUAUGCACUUUGACCCCGAGGCCUUACCCCGUCUGUAUGAUUUGUUUGUUUUGAGCUACAGUGUCUGUAAUAUACCAUAUUAUAGUCUACUUUCUCCAUAUUAAAACCCAUAUCCACUUAACAUAUAACAUGCUACUUUCAUGGUUUAAAUAUACAGUAUAUGGGCAAUGUUGUGGUCAUGAUGGUGAAAUCCCACAUGUUCUAUAUGGUAUAUAGUAGGUCUAACCAACCAAUCACUUAUUCAAUUGUAUGUAUUUAUUUUCUUUUAUCCAAAUCUCUUAAGCUUCCAGAUAGCGCUGUGGGUUUUUCCUAUUUCAAUAAAUCCAUUUAAAUCCUACACUUUGUUACAUACAAUAUUUUCAGGUUACUUAUCAUUUGUUUUCACAUUUUUAAGGAAAUGUCACAGAUUUAAUUUGGUUCCGUGGCAUUGUUAUUGUGAAGGGAAUUGCCCUUUGUUCUAAAACACCUGCUCAUUGUGUUACCCCUGUACAAGACUUCACAGACGGUUCUUUGCUUGUUGCCACAAACUUGUUAAUAUCCCUCAGCUCCUCCCCACUAGCCCUGUGAUCAUCUUCAUUAGAACAUUGUUCCUAUAUGUUAUCAAUCCAAACUGUAUAUUUAUUCUCUUCGCAAUUAAUUGAGAUUUGCAAAACAUAUUUCUUAUAGCUGUUAUUUUGUUUGUUUCUUUUUUAAAUUGGAUCGAUGUGCUACUUUGUUUCAAUAAAUAUUCUACGUAAACCUGCUGAA